UAUUUAACUAAAAUGCAACACUCUACUAGCCAUUUAUCCAAUAUUUAUUCUUCUUCCUCUUCCAUAAUUUCAACAAAAUCAACAGUUUUUGGACUAUCUUUUUUCCGUUUAAUUUUUAUUUCUUUAACAAUAUUUAUUAUUUUUGUACAAAAUUCGAAUUGUUUACAACAAAGAAAUGGAAAUCAAAGAAUUAGAGGAUUAAGACUUUCAUCUUUAAAUGACAAAUCUGAGCAAUAUAUAUUUACAAAUAACCAACAAUUACCGAGAAUUUCUGCGUGGAAUGAUUGGAACGAUACUCCGACAGAAUUGGGGUUAAGAAGGGCUGCAUUACUUGCCCGGUUAGCAAGCCAAUCUGCUAGAGGAUUUGGACGGAAAAAAUAA